AUGUCAGGCCUACAAUCCCCAUCCGUUCGUACGUCUACAAGUGCUGGCAUGACACGCACUAGCAGCCUCAGCUCCACCAACGCGAACGAACACAGCGUCAGCCACGGCCACGACGACGGUCCUUCCCCACCUCGUACCACGACGGACGCUUCCACCUCAACCGCCGUCGUUGCCACACGAUCACCUCACACGAACGCCUUCCCAACGAGCCCAAGCUCAUGCUCGUCAUCGACCUCUUCGAAUUCGACCGAUUCGUCACCCUUAUUGGGCAUGUCAUCGUUGUUCCCCGAAGCGUACCCGUCGUCGCCCAUCCUUGCCAGCGCUGCGGCCGGUAGUUCGGUCGGGCUACGAUCGUGCCAAGACUACGCCUGUUCGGCUUCGCCCUCGGUCUCGGCUGCGUGCUCGCGUACGAUUCCAAGGCAACCGUCAAAAUGGUCGUCAUCACCUCAUCAUUCGACGCAGUGGCCCUCUCCUAUCCCUACUGAACACGGUCUUGACGAUCAUUGGCCCUCGACGACGAUGGCGACGGGUCAAGGGUCCCCUGUAUUGCCCAACACUGGGAAUCGAAUGGAUAGGGAAGCAUUAUUAAAAGGAGGUUGGUCGCGCGAUCGACAGCCUCGCGUCAAUCAUCCGCAACCGACGCCUCAGUCGUCAUCGUCGUACGAGCACUCGUCUGCAAGUUGCUCAACCACUUCGGCCCUUCACGAGUCGCCACCCUCUCCAGACAUCUCAACACACUCGACGCAAAACUCUCCUCAGUCAUCCACUUCUCAUCGAGGUCGAAUGGAAUCCACCACAAGCUGGCUCGACAACGACGAUUUCGACGACGAUCUCUACUCCCUCUUCGGAGCGCACUUCAACCCUCACCACCAUUUGUCCGAUCACACCCUACGAGCCUCGAAGAAAUCCCGCCAGGAUGCGAGUCAGCAUGACAGAGAUCUAGGCUCACCUGUUUCGGGAUUCAAGAGUUUGGGACAAAAGGCUAGCAAGUUCUCGUUGAGGAGUAUCGCUUCCGCAAUCUCUUUACCGAAUUCGUCAUCCGCUUCGGCUACUUCAUCGACGAGGACGGGGGUAACAGGUUCAAAUGCCUCGACGAUGACGAAUUCACCCUCGAUGAAUUCAUUUCAUCCCUAUCCUUCCCCACCCAACUCCCCUCACUCCCAAGCGACAAGCUCCUUGCCCCUCUCCCGACGACCGUCCAAAUCCUCCUCCUCCAACUCAUGCCUAUCCCCCCUCCCUUUACCCCUCGCCAUUCCCCCCUCUUUGGAUCCUAUCGAUCCUCCUUUGAUGGGUCAUGCAUGGUCCGAAUCACAACCCGGUGGAGUGAGGGGAAAGGCGGCGAGGAUCUUGGGGGAGGUGACGGUCCCGACGGGGAAGGCGGCGAGGUUGUUGGGUACCGAACAGGGGUUGAGGCAGGUCAAGAUCGGGGCAGCUGGUAGAGGCGCACGAAAGACGAUGGGGAUGAAGGGGGGGAAAGGUGAUCGGUGAGUCAGGUUCAGAAACUUUUAGUUAGUACGGUUAGGCUGCGUACUCAUCGGUCGAUGAUACUCACAACACCCUCUAUAGCUAUGACGAUAAUCACCGCUCCUUCGAGACUCGAAACCGUCAUGCGAUGACAGGGACGGACGGUUUCGAUAACGCGCACCGCAGUUCGAUCAAACUUCUCACGCCGGAACAUUCACCACCACGUUCGUCGCCCGUUCGUCGGCUGAGAAGGACGUCGAGUGAUAAUGAAUUGGGCAGCAUGAUGGCUGCUCGUCGAGGACGACACGAGGCGUCGGAUUCGGAUUCGGAGGACGAAGGAAGCUCGGACGUGUUCACUGAAGGACCUGCAACCUUCCACGCCCAAGCUCAAGGCCAAGGACAAGGGAAGAAAGUUCUUCCUGCCCCAUCACACUCUCAAUUUUGCCUAUCAACCAUCAACGAGGCCCAACCUCCCUCCACCACACCCCACCUAAGUCGUCGAGGCUCGAUCGAUUCUCUCAUCGAUUCAACCUAUCACCAAAGUUGGCCGCCCGUUGGACGAUCGGAAAAAAAUGGAAGGGUCAGUGUCGUACCUUCGUUGGCAUCGAUUGCGUUACCUUCCAUUCGGUCGUCUAUCGCUUCCACAAUGGGUGGAUGGAGAGGGGGUUCGAGGGGUUCUUCCUGGGAUAUUGAUGAGCCUGGAUGUUGGGUCAGACCAGAAAGUGGAGGUUCAAGUUGGGAUGAACAGAAUUCACCGAGGACGCCGAGGACGCCUACCGCUUCGACACCACGCUUCCGUUCGUCGACGUGCGAUUCUUCCAUCUACUCCACCACGUCCUCUUUCUGCCCCGAUCCCAUUCAGGCAAAGGAAAAGCGUACCUCCUCCCUCCUUUCCCCCUCCGAAGGUUCGCUCGCUAGAGCCCAAGAACGAGCCAAAACUCUAUUAGGUCCUCCCAAGUCCCUGUCACCCGUGGGUAAAUUACCGCCUUUACCGGUCCCGAACUUACCGCUACCACCGAUUCCGGAUGGGGUCGGGGUGACUGCGCUUCCGAUGAGGGAAGAGGUCAAGUUGGCGGGGGGUGGCGGUGAAAGGCCCAUGACGAAUUCCUCUUUGAAAUCGGUCGGACGACGAUCACAACGAGGGCACGCUUUGGAAGCUUUAGAAGGACGUAAGGGAGGACGUCGUUCGUUCGGUCAGGUAGAGGGGUUGAAGCCGAGGUCGAGGUUUUCGGCCGGUUCAUCGUUUGGGAAUUCUGUAGUAAGGAGGGGGAGUAAGUUGCCGGGGGAUGAUGAUGAUGAUGAUGAUGAUCAUUGGGAAGAAGAGGAUGUGUUCGAUGAAGUGGAAGAAUUGACCGGGUUCAAGAGAGGGAGUCGACCGUUUUUGGACCUGGGUGAAGAUGCGGGAAGCAAUGCGGAUGAGGUUGAAGGACUUGAGGGGUAUGCCCAAGGAGCGGAUAGCGAUAGCGAUACGAUCUCGGAGUUUUCAAAGGGGCGUGGAGGGUCAAGGAAGGUGAGUUGCGCUUUCGUACGCAUGGCAUCUGAGUGAAGUUCCUGUGAGCAGUCGGGAUCUGACAACGAGCAAGUCUCUCACAGUGUUCGGUCGAUCCCCGAGUUUCGGACCCGAAUUUCAUCAAAGGACAAGUCCUUUUCAGUCCGUCUUCAUACAACCUAUUUCGACGGACAGCAAGGAUCGAUCGGACUGGGUGGAGCUCCGUUCGGACCUCUUACUCGAAGCCCUAGAUCGAACCCAAGCCGAACUUCGCAAAGUGAACCCUUACCCAACAACCCACGACUCCAACGCGCACGAAAACGAAGACGAAGACCUCGAAGCUCUUUUCCGUGACUCGUUCCGUCCAACUCCUUCGUCGGUACCAAGCACGCCAAUUUCGAGACCGGGUUUGAAAAGAUGUUCGUCUUCGUUCCAUUCGGAUGAGUUGAGUGAGGGGGAGGGGUUCAGUCCCGCUUUGGGGAGGUUGGCGGAGUUCUUUCAGGGGGAGGAAGGGGUUGAAGAGGAGGGUGGUGAAGCAGUACUUGCAUAG